AUGCAAUUAACAAUGACCAGCAGAAAGAGCUACUUCACUUCACGAAGCCACCGUUUUCUCCCUGUAGCUUCAGACAGAGACUCUCUAUCGCUAACCAUGGAUUCCGAGUCCGCGUUUGAAUUCGACGAGUCCGAGAUAUACAACUCCGGCAGAGCCAACUCGUUCGAGUUCAGCAGAUCACUUCAGGGCCGCGGCUCCGCCAAGAAAAAACCCUCUUCCUCUGCCGCCACCUCCGCAGCGUCGGUGCCGGUCAACAUCCCCGACUGGUCCAAGAUUCUCGGCGAGGAGUACCGUCGGAGAAACAACGACUUCAACGAUGACGACAACGAGGGUUACGAUGAAUUUGAAAGGAGUGAGAGGGUACCACCGCACGAGUUUCUCGCGAGGACAAGGGUUGCUUCCUUCUCCGUGCAUGAAGGUGUAGGGAGAACCCUAAAGGGAAGGGAUCUCAGCACGCUCCGAAACGCCAUUUGGGCCAAAACCGGUUUCCAAGACUAA